UGGCCACCACGUGUCAUCCUUCCAAUCCCAUCCAUAAUACCCAUCUCUCCUCUCUCCUUCUCUCUUCUCUCUUCUCUGACUCUCACCAUCACCUCUACCACUGUAUAUUAUACCAUAUUCCUCUCCGUGUUGUCUUUCUUUCUUUCUUUUUUUGGGGAUAAUUUACGAGCGAGUUGUCAACCUAGUGAACUGGUCUCGUAUAUCUAUCAGAUAUUUAUAGAACGAGAGUCGCACGUUCAGGUUUUUGGGAUCGUUAGCGCAAAAUGGAUCACGCGGCGGAAGCUCAUAGAACCGAUUUGAUGACCAUCACCCGUCACGUUCUGAACGAGCAGUCCAAGCACCCCGAGUCGCGUGGUGAUUUCACCAUCUUGCUCAGUCACAUUGUUCUCGGCUGCAAAUUCGUCUGCUCCGCAGUUAGCAAGGCAGGUCUUGCCAAACUCAUUGGACUUGCUGGAGAGACCAAUGUUCAGGGUGAAGAACAGAAAAAACUGGAUGUGCUUUCAAAUGAAGUUUUUGUCAAGGCUUUAGUUAGCAGUGGACGCACAUGCAUCCUAGUAUCUGAAGAGGAUGAAGAGGCUACAUUUGUCGAGCCAUCAACUCGUGGAAGAUAUAUUGUUGCUUUUGACCCAUUGGAUGGAUCCUCAAACAUUGACUGCGGUGUUUCCAUAGGAACAAUUUUUGGGAUCUACCUGGUGAAAGACAAGGAUAACCCAACUCUUGAUGAUGUUCUGCGACCUGGAAAGCAUAUGUUAGCAGCUGGUUAUUGCAUGUACGGAAGCUCUUGCACGCUAGUGCUUAGCACCGGAAAUGGUGUCAAUGGGUUCACUCUCGAUCCAUCUCUUGGGGAGUUCAUAUUAACCCACCCUGACAUCAAGAUUCCCAAGAAAGGAAAGAUUUACUCGGUAAAUGAAGGAAAUGCCAAAAACUGGGAUGAGGCAACUGCCAAGUAUGUAGAAAACUGCAAGUUUCCUAAAGAUGGUUCGUCACCCAAGUCUCUUAGAUAUAUUGGAAGCAUGGUUGCUGAUGUUCACCGGACAUUGCUUUACGGAGGCAUAUUUAUGUACCCUGCCGACAAGAAAAGCCCAAAUGGAAAACUACGCGUUCUCUAUGAAGUCUUUCCAAUGUCAUACUUGAUGGAGCAGGCAGGAGGUCAAGCUUUUACUGGCAAGCAACGGGCACUUGACUUGGUUCCAAACAAGAUACACGAAAGGUCCCCUGUAUUCCUUGGCAGCUAUGAUGAUGUCCAGGACAUUAAAGAGCUCUAUGCUGCUGGCAGCUGCUGAAGAAAAGAGUACUUAAACCUGCAUAGUCCAUGACCCAUCAAUUACUCUUCCUCGUAUCAUUUUAAUUUAUCAAAUCCUUUGACCUACAAAGGUUUCUUUAACAUUUGAGAAACAUACUUCACUAAUCAAAGCUGGUUUAGAUUCUCAAUUUUCUGGUUGAAACUUUUUUCCCAGAAGAUGAUUUAAAAAUUCCUGGAUAGGGGACAAAAAAAUAUAUAUUUAUCGUUUAUUCUUUUGAAAA